CGUAUAAAUUUGAAAUAACAUCCAAAAUAAAUUUCAAUUUCUAAAUUUAUGUAAAUAACAAUUUAUAAGAGUUUUGACAAAUAUUAAGAAACAGAAACAGCGCAUGCUCGGGAAGUGUAUGACCUAAAGUUAAUUGUUACACAGAUGGGCAGCCUUAGUGUGUAGUAAAAAAAGUGCACGAAGUCACAUAAAUAUUUGUGUGUGCUUAUAUUUUAAAGUCUCAUAUUUUCAGUUUUUGCGUUAUGGGUUCCGGUUAGCAUUUUAUGUGCAAUUUAGGAGUUGAUUUUUGUUUAUCUGACAAAAUGACGUUGACCCGGUAUCGUUUUAAUAAUGGCGUUCACUUGCCAACUAGGGAUCAUAGAAAUAAAAUAUGGAAUUAGGUAUUUAUAAACUGCUUUAAAAUAGACUUUAGUUAACUUUUAUCAGAAAAAGUGAUUAACUAAAAAUUUAAAAGUGCUUGUGUGCGAUAUGCACAGAAAACAAAGUACUGUGAUACCUUGAAUAAAAUGUGAUAUGUAACAUGUGAACAAUAACUUUUCUACAAAAGUUAUUACUAAAUUUGUUGGCGCUGCACCCUUAAGUACUCAAAAUUAUUUGUGAACGUACUGGAAGAAGCUAACAUUCAUAAUUAUUUCAUCAUAGUUGAACCCCUUCAUUUGUAUUCAGGUAAAAAAGUUGUUUUAACUUCAUUCGAUGACAACUGAAUGCGUGAAAAAUAAUAAACAUUGUAGUUCAUAUCUGAGUAAUUGUCAUUAUAAUAAUGUCACUGCUGGUAAUUGCUGCACAAAACCAACCAAACUCUAGUCUAGUAUUUAUUUUAUAGUUAAAAAUGGAUCAGAAUAAAAAGACUUACAGGCGAUAUGGUACAGAUAAGGACCGCGAGCGAGAACGAGGUGCAGGAGAAACUCAUUCUUCUAGGCAUUCCGUUAAUUCAAGUUCUGGAGUCUUAAUGGUUGGUCCUAAUUUUCGUGUAGGAAAAAAAAUUGGCUGUGGUAACUUCGGAGAGCUACGCUUAGGCAAAAAUUUAUAUAACAAUGAACAUGUAGCUAUUAAAAUGGAACCCAUGAAAUCCAAAGCACCUCAGCUUCAUUUAGAAUACCGUUUUUACAAACUCCUUGGCUCACGUGAGGGAAUUCCUGAUGUCUACUACUUUGGACCUUGCGGAAAGUAUAACGCUUUGGUUAUGGAAUUGCUUGGUCCAAGCCUUGAGGACCUUUUUGAUUUGUGCGAACGUCGCUUCUCUCUGAAAACAGUCCUAAUGAUUGCCUUACAAUUGCUACAUCGUAUUGAGUUCGUUCAUGCGCGCCAUCUAAUUUAUCGUGAUGUGAAACCUGAAAACUUUUUAAUUGGCCGUGCUAGUACAAAACGUGAAAAAAUUAUCCAUAUUAUAGAUUUUGGAUUAGCAAAAGAAUAUAUAGAAUUAGAAACUAACAAACAUAUACCAUACAGAGAGCAUAAGUCGUUGACUGGAACUGCUAGGUAUAUGUCGAUUAACACUCAUUUGGGUAAAGAGCAAUCAAGAAGAGACGACCUGGAAGCACUAGGACAUAUGUUUAUGUACUUUCUAAGGGGCUCCCUUCCUUGGCAAGGACUGAAGGCUGAUACUUUAAAGGAAAGAUACCAAAAAAUAGGUGAUACAAAGCGUGCGACACCAAUCGAUGUGCUGUGUGAAGGCCAACCGGAAGAGAUGGCUCAGUAUCUUCGUUAUGUUCGAAGAUUAGACUUUUUUGAAACACCCGACUACGAAUAUCUUCGCAAAUUGUUCAGUGAUUUGUUGCAAAGGCGCGGCUAUGUUGACGACGGAGAAUUUGAUUGGACGGGAAAAACUAUGAGUACACCAGUUGGUUCGCUUCAAACAACUGGACAUGAAGUCACUAUAUCCCCUAAUAGAGAAAGACAUUUAACAAACAAGAAUACAAAUAAACAGAAUAAUCAAUGGCCAGAAGCUUCAAAGCAAAGUACUUUAGGUAACUUAACUCCCGCAGACCGCCAUGGUUCGGUUCAAGUUGUUAGUUCUACAAAUGGCGAAUUGAACACAGAUGAUCCCACUGCCGGUCAUAGCAAUACGCCUAUUACUCAACCUCAGGAAAUCGAAUUACUGGACGAAACUAAUAUGUUUUUCAGGUGUUGCUGCUUUUUUAAACGAAAGAAGAAAAAAGGAGCGCGAGCAAAAUGACUACAGUACAGUGAAACCGACCAGCAACUUAUACUUCUACCAUGUGGUCAAAGCAGCGCUGCCACCUUGAACUAAAGUUAGUUUUAAUAAAGACCAAUGUACAGUUCUUGUUAUAAUUACUUCUAAAUCAAAUCGUUGUAGUGUAGCUUCUAAUUACUUCUAUUAUUUAUAAGGACUUUACAAUCUGUUAUCCAUAUCUUGAUAUGUAAGGCCUUACUCAAUUAUUAUUCCUGGGGCAGCUUUCAAUAGAGGAAUUGCACGUCACUCCAAACUUUAUUUCCAAUUUAUAUUUUGUACUUAAAAACACACUAAACUGUUAAUUAACAUAAUUCAUAGACGCCUACAUUAAUAGAAGGAUGAAAUAGAAAGGAUAUAAUCUUUUAUUUUAAUAAGUUUGUAAAUAUUUUCCCGCGAAAAAAUAACGAUUUUUCUACGCUAUUGGAAAUAAAUUAUGACGAUAUUUGAUCAGUAAUAAGUAAUUAAAGAACUGUACAGGGUGAUUAAUUUAUAAAAGAAAUUCUAAAGGUGAUCUCUAGAGAAAACUAAAGCUAGUAUCAAAUUUGGUUACUAAAAAUUGAAAACAAAAAUUCAUCCGUGCAGUUUUAACGAACUUUUAUUUUUACUUUUUAGUAUGUAAUAAAUUCAUUGAAUUUCAAAAGACGCCUAUAAUUUAUAGAGAUGUUUGAAAUACAAGAAAACUGUACGUCAAAUUUGGUACAGCAGUUCAUAAAGAGGGGUAUUUUUUUAUAUAAGUGGUACUUCUAUAACAUCACCCUGCAUACAAUUUCCAUGUACGUAUUUAAUAUUCGUCGUUUAUUAUUAAACUAUGAAAACGAAAUCUAGCUCUAUUUUCCAACUUUGGCAUUUUUUUGCAUUUGCUACGUCGAAACAUUUUUUUUUUAAUCAUUACGACUCAGUUUAACUGAGAUUUAACGCAUUCAUUAACUUUAGUAAAUUUGCUUUUAAAUAAUUUAAACUUGUUUUUAUAUUAUUUUAAGGGCAGUUUCAAAUAAUAACAGAUAAAGUAUUGGUUUGGAUGAUGUAAAAUAUGUUCAAUUCUUCUUGCGGAAGUUGAUUUAUGUUUGACUGCCUAACAUAGUUGUGAGUAUUAAUACAGUACUUUGGUGCUGUAUAUAGUUGGUGAAACUGUUUUAUGUAAAUAAGUUACAGUUUCCACCGAGGCUGUAGUUAGUGUAAUUCUGAUUCUAAAGUACUUGAAAAACAACUAGAGAACCUGCAUUCACAAGUCCAAAAUUUGUAAAUUAAAUUCGAAAACCAAUUUUCUCUUUUUUUUUUGUUUUUAAUUAGCUAAAUUAUAGCGAUGUAUAUAAGUCAUAGAAGAGUUGUAGAUUAAAUAAGGUUCAUGAAGUUUGCAAUGUUUAAGUUGUAUGUAUAUUCAGACUGUUUCGUUUUCAUUUUAAAAUAUUAAGCGUAGGAAAGACAGAUUUUUCUUAUGAGUUUGUGUAGACUCACUUAAACUGUGUAAAGACGCCGCUCACAGAAUUAUCUGUUCCUGGGGACUCCACUGUUGUGAUUUAGUAUUUGUCUAAUAAAGUAGUAUCAUUAAUAUUGUUCUGUUUGUUAUAAAAAAAAUUAUUUGGUCUCUGCAGGUGGAACUUGUAUUGUUACAUUUAAACUAAGAAUAACAGGAUUUAGUAAGAAAGAAGUAGGCACUUGGUAUGUAAAUAAAAGGUGCAUUUGUUAAUUCUUCAUUUAUCAAUAGUUACAGUAAUUAACGUAUUCAUAAAAAGUGCAUUGGGUUCUCUUCUUUCUCCGCUCGUAGAUCUUGUUAUUCGAAUCAAC